CCCCGCGGAACGCGCAGGCGCGGGCCUGGAGCAUGGCGGCCGCUUUGCUGCUCCUGCGCGCCCUCCGCCGAGGCCCCGGGGCGGCCCCCGAGCGGCUAUGGAGCCUCGGCCUCCCCGCCGGGGCCGGGAGCAGGCGGCCGUACGUGGCCCGCAGGCCCCCGGUGGGUGUCGCCGAGGCUGGCGGCCGGGCCCUGCAGAGUUUGCAAUUUCGAACGCUGGCCCCGGCCGUGGAAGGGAUCAGGGAGUUGUUACUGAAGCAGCGUCUGCCUGAGAAUCCGGUCAGACUCUGGCUGCGUCUAGGUGGUACUUACUAUUUCAGUACCUCAAGGAUGAAGCAGAAAAAUAAAGACAAUGAUAAAUCCAAAAGGAAGGCCUCUGAAGAUGAUGAAGAGGAGAGGAGAAGGAAGCAGCGGGAGGACCAGAUGUACCGUGAGCGGCUGCGCACCCUGCUUGUCAUUGCCAUCGUCAUGAGCCUGCUGAACUCUCUGAGCUCCAGCGGGGGCAGUGUUUCCUGGAACGACUUUGUGAAGGAGAUGCUGGCCAAAGGCGAGGUGCAGCGCGUGCAGGUGGUGCCCGAGAGCGACGUGGUGGAGGUCUACCUGCACCCUGGAGCCGUGGUGUUCGGGCGGCCUAGGCUGGCCUUGAUGUACCGAAUGCAGGUUGCCAAUAUUGACAAGUUUGAAGAGAAGCUGCGAGCGGCUGAAGAUGAGCUGAACAUCGAGAGCAAGGACAGAAUCCCGGUUUCCUAUAAGCGCACAGGAUUCUUUGGAAAUGCCCUGUAUGCCCUGGGGAUGACAGCGGUGGGCUUGGCCAUCCUGUGGUAUGUUUUCCGCCUGGCUGGGAUGACAGGAAGGGAAGGCGGAUUCAGUGCUUUCAACCAACUCAAAAUGGCCCGUUUCACAAUUGUGGACGGGAAGUCAGGGAAGGGCGUGAGCUUCCAAGACGUGGCAGGAAUGCACGAGGCCAAGCUGGAAGUUCGAGAGUUCGUGGACUACCUGAAGAGCCCGGAGCGCUUCCUUCAGCUUGGUGCCAAGGUUCCGAAAGGCGCCCUGUUGCUUGGGCCCCCUGGCUGUGGGAAGACACUGCUGGCCAAGGCAGUGGCCACCGAAGCCCAGGUGCCCUUCUUGGCCAUGGCUGGCCCAGAGUUCGUGGAGGUCAUUGGAGGCUUAGGUGCUGCCCGUGUGCGCAGCCUCUUCAGGGAAGCCCGUGCCCGAGCCCCCUGCAUAGUGUACAUCGAUGAGAUUGACGCCGUGGGCAAGAAGCGCUCCACCUCUAUGGCCAGCUUCUCCAACACAGAGGAGGAACAGACCCUCAACCAGCUCCUGGUUGAGAUGGACGGGAUGGGCACCACAGAUCACGUCAUUGUGCUGGCAUCCACCAAUCGAGCUGACGUUUUGGACACGGCUCUGAUGAGGCCCGGCCGACUGGACCGACACGUCUUCAUUGAUCUCCCCACGCUGCAGGAGAGGCGGGAGAUCUUCGAGCAGCACCUGAAGAGUCUGAAGCUCACCCAGGCCAGCAGCUUCUACUCCCAGCGGCUGGCGGAGCUGACGCCAGGGUUCAGUGGUGCUGACAUCGCCAACAUCUGUAACGAGGCUGCGCUGCAUGCCGCGCGUGAGGGGCACACGUCCGUCCACACCUUCAGCUUCGAGUAUGCGGUGGAGCGCGUGGUGGCUGGGACUGCUAAAAAGAGCAAGAUCCUCUCCAAAGAGGAGCAGAAGGUGGUCGCCUUUCACGAGUCAGGCCACGCCCUGGUUGGCUGGCUGCUGGAGCACACGGAGGCUGUGAUGAAGGUCUCCAUAGCACCCCGGACCAAUGCUGCCCUGGGCUUUGCUCAGAUGCUCCCGAGAGAUCAGCACCUCUUCACCACAGAGCAGCUGUUUGAGCGGAUGUGCAUGGCCCUGGGUGGUCGAGCAGCUGAGGCCAUCUCCUUCAGCAGGGUCACUUCUGGGGCCCAGGACGACCUGCAGAAGGUCACCCGCAUCGCCUACUCCAUGGUGAAGCAGUUCGGGAUGGCACCUGGCAUUGGGCCUAUCUCCUUCCCCGAGACACAGGAAGGCCUCAUGGGCAUUGGACGGCGCCCCUUCAGCCAGGGCCUCCAGCAGAUGAUGGACCAUGAAGCAAAACUGCUGGUGACCAAGGCCUACAGACACACCGAGAAGGUGCUUCUGGACAACCUGGACAAGCUGCAGGCGCUGGCAAAUGCCCUUCUGGAAAAGGAAGUGAUAAACUACGAGGACAUCGAGGCCCUCAUUGGCCCACCGCCCCACGGGCCUAAGAAGAUGAUCCCGCCACAGAGGUGGAUCGAUGCCCAGAGGGAGCAGCAAGCCUCAGGGGAGGAGGAAGCGGCCCAGCAGCCCCCGCCCCGGGGGGAAGAGCCCUCUUGGCCCAGAUAGCUGCAGCUCCUGGCCACUCCACCGUGACCCAGGGCUUCUCCCCGCCCACCCCUGCCCUGUCCCCACCUGCCUGGUUUCCUUUCAUCUGAGAUUGCCCUCCUCUUUGAGCUCUUCCAGGCCUCUGCAGUGGGACUGGGAUCUGUCUGUCGGUUCCUGUCUGCAGCUGACCAAGCUUGGCAUUUGCACGUCGCUCCCCCUUGUCAGGAGCAUGCAUAGAAGUGCUGAGUUCCCGGGUCAGACUUGUGCCCCUGCGUGUGGCCACAUGGAUCCAGAGGCAGCCCGCAGUCAGAAUGAACCUGCUUGUCCUGAGACUCCCAGGAAAUGCUAACAGGUCCACCACGAGGGCCUCUGAGCCGUUUGUCCUCUUCUCAUGGCACUCACCCAGCAAGGGGACAACAGCGUUGGGACUGGGCACCCGACCCUAGAGGAUUCGAACUCCGCCACCUGCCUCCAUGUGGACAGGUGUGAGCAGGGCACCUCUCCCGUCUGGUGUAGCCUCGUGCAUGGGACACACCCUGAGGGUCGUGCUACUUCACUGACAGGUUCCGUGGGUGGGGCUGGGGUGCAGUCUGGGUUAGCACUUGCCUUGCUUGUUCCAUCCCCAGCACCACAAAGGAAAAUAAAAUUGUGCAGGUGGA